GCGAGCCCCAGCCGCCGCCGGCAGCAGCGGAGCGGGCAUCCACCGGCCCGGCUGCCGCCGCCGCCGCCGUCCCACCUCGGGGACACCCUUCCUAUGGGACGACGGCAAGUGAAGGGCUGGUGCUGCCGCCGCCGCCGCCCGCUGCCCGGCCCGCCCCGAGCCUCGGCGCCUCGGCGCGGCAGCGGCAGCUGCUAAAACCUGUGCGACGCUUUUGCACAACUUCGCCGGCUUCCCGAGAGCAUCCUCCCCGCCCGGCGCACACCCCCCCCCACCCCCCCGCCGGGGGUUUGUUCCCCCGCUUCUGCCCUUCUCCCCUCCGCCUUUUCGGAAGCGGGGGUGGCCGAAAGCGCUUUUCCCUCCGCCGGCUUUUUUUAAUUGCUACCGUUAUUAUUCCCCUCCAGACUUUCCCCUUCUGGGGGAGGGAGGUGGUUUCCUGAUCCGAAGUGCAAAGAAAAGUCAGUGGGAUUCCCCUCCUUCUCCCCCCCCCCUCCCCUACCCCCCCUUUUUUGGGUGCAUUCACACGCUCCCUCAGGCAUGAUGCUCAAGAUGCUGCCGUUUAAGCUGCUGCUGGUGGCCGUGGUUCUGUGCUUCUUCGAAGGGGAUGCCAAGUUUGGGGAGAGCGGCGCCCGGAGGAGAAGGUGCCUCAACGGGACCCCGCCGAGGCGGCUGAAGAAGCGGGACCGGCGGGUGCUGUCCCCGGAGGCCCCGGGCGGCGGGGAGGCGAUGUGCCGCGGCCUCUACCCCCGCCUGUCCUGCUGCUCCCGCACUGACGCGCAGGGGCUGCUGCACACCGAGGCCAAGAUACUUUCUGUUACCAACAACACAGAAUGUGCGAAGCUACUGGAGGAAAUCAAAUGUGCACACUGCUCACCUCACGCUCAGAAUCUAUUCCACUCACCUGAGAAAGGGGAAACACCUGAAAGAGAACUAACUCUUCCCUACCUGUGCAAAGACUAUUGUAAAGAAUUCUAUUAUACUUGCAGAGGUCACAUACCAGGUUUUCUCCAAACUACAGCUGAUGAGUUUUGCUUUUACUAUGCAAGAAAAGAUGGUGGUGUAUGCUUUCCAGAUUUUCCAAGAAAACAAGUGCGAGGGCCAGCUUCUAACUCCCUGGACCACAUGGAAGAAUAUGACAAAGAGGAAGAGAUCAGCAGAAAACACAAGCACAACUGCUUCUGCAUUCAGGAGGUUGUAAGUGGACUAAGGCAGCCUGUUGGAGCGGUACAUUGUGGGGAUGGAUCCCAUCGGCUCUUUAUUCUUGAGAAAGAAGGAUACGUGAAGAUUUUCAGUCCUGAAGGAGACAUACUCAAGGAACCUUUUUUGGAUAUACACAAGCUUGUUCAAAGUGGAAUAAAGGGAGGAGAUGAAAGAGGACUGUUAAGCCUUGCAUUCCAUCCCAAUUACAAGAAAAAUGGAAAGCUGUAUGUGUCUUAUACCACCAACCAAGAACGGUGGGCUAUUGGACCUCAUGACCACAUCCUUAGGGUUGUAGAAUACACAGUAUCCAGGAAAAAUCCACACCAAGUUGAUAUGAGAACAGCAAGAGUGUUUUUAGAAGUAGCAGAACUACAUCGAAAACACUUAGGAGGACAGCUUCUGUUUGGCCCAGAUGGUUUCCUGUACAUUUUUCUUGGAGAUGGCAUGAUCACUCUAGAUGAUAUGGAGGAGAUGGAUGGUUUAAGUGAUUUUACAGGUUCUGUAUUGCGCCUCAACGUAAAUACUGACCUGUGCAAUGUCCCUUAUUCCAUACCACGGAGCAACCCACAUUUUAAUAGCACAAACCAACCUCCUGAGAUUUUUGCACAUGGACUCCACAAUCCAGGCCGGUGUGCUGUGGACCGCCACCCAACAGAUAUAAACAUCAAUUUAACUAUACUUUGCUCAGAUUCUAAUGGAAAGAACAGAUCUUCAGCAAGAAUCUUACAAAUAAUAAAGGGUAAAGACUAUGAAAGUGAGCCUUCGCUUUUAGAAUUCAAACCAUUCAGCAGUGGAUCCUUGGUUGGUGGAUUUGUCUAUCGAGGCUGCCAGUCGGAAAGACUCUAUGGAAGCUAUGUAUUUGGAGACCGCAAUGGAAAUUUUUUAACACUGCAACAGAGUCCUGCAACCAAACAGUGGCAAGAGAAACCCCUCUGUCUUGGCAACACUGGCUCAUGUAGAGGUUUCUUUUCAGGCCCUGUCUUGGGAUUUGGUGAAGACGAAUUAGGUGAGAUUUACAUACUAUCAAGCAGUAAAAGUAUGACACAGCCUCACAGCGGAAAACUCUACAAGAUCAUUGACCCAAAAAGGCCUUUAGUCCCUGAAGAAUGCAGAAGAACAGCCCAGUCUGCACAGAUACUGACAUCUGAAUGCUCAAGGCAUUGUCGGAACGGGCACUGCACUCCCACAGGAAAAUGCUGCUGUAAUCAAGGCUGGGAAGGAGAGUUCUGCAGAACUGCAAAAUGUGACCCAGCCUGUCGACAUGGAGGUGUCUGUGUAAGGCCUAAUAAAUGCUUAUGUAAAAAAGGCUAUCUCGGCCCCCAGUGCGAACAAGUGGAUAGAAACAUCCGAAGAGUGACAAGGGCAGGUAUUCUUGAUCAGAUCCUAGACAUGACAUCCUAUUUGCUGGAUCUAACCAGCUAUAUUGUAUAGUUUCUGGGACUAUUUGGAAACUACACUUUCAACGGGCAUUUGUUUUGAAUCCUGUCAUUUUUAAAAGACUGCUAUCCUGCAACAAAUACCGGUGAUUUGAUUUACUUUAUUAAUUUAAAUAUAAUAUCCACAACUGUGCAGAUAAAUUCUUUGUAUGUGUGUAAAUAUUUCUGUAUGUCUCCACAGACGUACCGAUGUCCAAUACGUGCACACAUACACAUGCACGCACUAUCACAAACACAGUGUUACAGCUAGUGGAAUUUUUUUUUAAUAUUUAUUUCUUCAUGAGAAAUAGUUUACGAAGUAAUUCCACUGUAAACCACAUUUUUGUCAAAGGACUUUUGUGAUGUCUUAAUGGAUUCUUUGACAUCCCAGAAAUCUCGUGUCUGUACCUAUCUGAUUAUAGCAAUAAGAGCGCAGUUUUCAAACAUCGCUGUAUAAACUGCUGGACUUAAUAAAAUCCAGUUGUAACAGUUUCUAAGGUGAAUUGAACUACAUCAUCAGACAAUAUUUCAAACUCCUUAAUGCAUUCCUAUCUAGGCAAUUCAUUGUAAGACUGUAACCUUCACCUUCAUCAAUGUAACUCUAUUACAGAAUGUUACGCAUUUCUUUAUCUAGCAUAGAUGCAAAAAUCUGGUUAUCGCAGCUUAAUAUCAAGAUUGUUUCAAGUGUUUAAUAAUUAAAUUAUAUUCGCAUAUUUCAAAACCAGUCAUCCUAGAAGGUCUGCUUUUUAUCAUAUAUUUUAUUUAACGAUGGGCACUGGGUUCAUGUUACAUAUUUAUAUUAUUUUAUUUUAUUUUUAUAAUAUAGACAUCACCUAGAUGAGACAGCUUUACCAUGUCCUGUAAAAUACUAAAGUUACAUUUUUCACCAACUUAAUUGGAAAGACGGGGAAAGAGAGAGCAAACACACUCUUUAAUGUGUUGUGGAUCUAAUCUAGAAAUGUAUCCUUGUGUCAACUUGUAUUCAUUUACGACGGAUGAAAAACACAACCGCCAACCAAUCAUAAUAAAAUUCCAGCAUAUGUUAAAAGCGUUCACAAAGCGAUUUUCACUGUAACAGGAUGGGCCAGGUUAUACAUGAGUAGACUCCUGCCGAUUUCACACUGAACGGAACGUCCCUGGAUGAGAGCUCGCGUGAGCACGUGUUGGCUGUGUAAGAUGUCACUUGUACAAAACCUAUAACGAUUCUUGCCAAAUGUGGUUCUAAAUGUAAAUGUUCCUUGAAGAGCUAACGUAAAAUUGAGUCUUUGUAAAUGUAUUAAUAAAUAUGGUGUACAUGCUACAGUCAGGUUUUCUAAAGUAUUAAUAGUCUAAUUAGAUGUAUCUUCAGAACUGGUGCCCUCUUAUCUCCAGCUCGAGGGCAUUAUUGACAGUUUCUUCGCUCAGUACUUACCCACUAUCAUAUUGCCUUUGCGCUACCUGGCUUUUAUAAAAUCUUGCCUGUGAAAAGAAAGUAGAGUAGCCACAGUAUGCACAUCCUAUGGUUCUUAUCAGCAGCUGCCCAUGCAUCAAGGAUUUACAACACUUUAGACAAUAAGAUCUAAAAAACUUUAGCCAUGUUACUCUCCACUAGCAAAAUUACCUCUCCGGGGCAGUGGCAUGCAACAAAUUUUCCUUUACAGAAAGUUAUCAGUCCUCGUUUAGUAAGCUUUAAAUCUGAAAGUACAGCAUGAUUGAUAACUUGCAUUUCUCUGUCUUACACAUUCCAGCUCAGAGGAACAGAAAAUUACAUUUGCCUUCCAUAUAUGUUUGCUUGGGUUUCGAGUGACCUCAUGCCAAAUGGAAAUUGGUUGAGAAAUCUUGGUUAAGUGCUCGGCGAACAAUGGUCUGCAUUAAAAAGUGCAUGCAUAAUUUUGCACAAUGUAGAUUCAACUGACAGUCCAUUGAAAGACGUCUCGGGAUUAAAUGAGCAUGAAGACCAAAUUGCCCUCUCACCCCAGAAAAGGGUGGUCCCUUAUAGUCACACGAACACUUCAUUGGCUAAGCAGUGUGACCAAUCUUAAAAUGAACCCUUCGGUAGCAUCUGUAGGUUAAUAGCAGCUCUUUGUCUCCGCUGCUUUCUGCCUUUAGUCUUUUCCCUGAAUUCCACCACAAAAAGUUUUACAAUUAAAAAAUGUCCUGACAACCAUUUUUGUAAAUUGACCUUAGCAUCUAAUCUUUCCUUAUUCAACGUGGGUGACAAAAAUGUGAACUUCUCAUGAAUGAGCCAGCUGUCUAAAUCUGUCAAAUAGCGCAGUUUUAUUACACUCUUCAUAAUCGGCAAAGCAAGAAAGUUGCUGAAGUAUUUUAGCAACAUUAAAAUAUCUGACAGAGAUAACAACUUUAACACUUUCUUUAAUGAAAUAUAUUUAAAAAUAAACCCAACUUUAAUUCCACUGUGACACAUUAUCUUCAACAACCAGCUGGGGAGAUGUGAUAGUUCUUUUCUCACGGCUUAGUUCCUGGAGACUCAAAAAAUACCACGGAUGGAACCUAAAUUGAAGAUCCGCAGCCAUAUAUAUGCCAUAGUCAUGUAGAGAAGGGAUAACAAUGAUCUUAGAGUUUUGAUCUUAAUAAUAAAGGCAAUUCAGUUUGCUAGUGAAAUCAGAAAAUAAACCUCCAGUAAAAGCUAAGAAUUAGAUCCAGGCCUCAUUCAAAUCAAUGGCAAAAAACUCACAUCGGCUGUGCUGCACCCAGAAAAUCACUUUCAAAAUUUAAGCAAAAUACUGCAGUUUAUUUUAUUUUUAGAAAUACUUAUUCCAUCCAACCUUCAAAAUUAAGAAGUAAUCUAAGUGAACGUUAGAGGGAGAGGGGAGAUAGUUUCUGGAAAGUGUUUUGCUUCCUUUUUAAAUCAUCUUUUAUAUUAUGUGAAAGCAAGCAUCUGCGUUAAGCCCACAUGGGUACAUAGGAAGUCCCAGUGGAAAAGAAGUAUUCUCAAAAAAAGAGACAAAAAAAUCCUAGCUGCUUAUUUAUCAAAAGAAAUUAUACUAUUAAAAAGAGUGAGUAAACCCCAGGCCCAGCCACCCAAGAUGCUAAUAUAAAAAGGGCAACUGCAGUAAUUGCCCUGAGAAUUGGCAUACAAAAAAAAAAAAAAAAAGGUCUGUAGAAAGCCUGUUGCCAGUUAGGUCAUUCUGCAGCCAUUCUCACACAACCUCCGAGAGUGCCCCAGAAUAAAACUGAGCUUAUAAAUGAAACUAGAUAAAUGAGGCAAUUAGAUAAGGGCCUCCAGAAGGGAUUUUAUGUAUGUGUUCAAGUUGCCUCUGUCUCUGUCUCUCUCUCUCCUAAUCUUUUAUUCCAUUCAUUUCUUCCUUUAUUCAGAGAUACUGCCUCUCUGUUCCCAACACAUUGUACGUUUCAAGCUUUCUACCGUUAAAAGAGAACAAUCAUACCUGUUGCAAGAAAACGUAACUUUAUUCCUGAUGUCUGCUAGUUUUCAACCCUCAUUUUAUUCUUUUGGGACAGAAAACCUUCAUCUUUCUCUUUUUAAAUGCCACUGGUCAGAAAAAAGGCAUAUUAUUGGAAUACAAGGAGAAACUUCUUUACUCCACAGAUAAGUAGGGAGACAAAAAGAUGUUAUGUAAAAUUAGCUCCAAAUUGUUUCACUCUAUUUCAGAAAAACAGUAAACUCCUUUUUCUAAUGCGUCCAGUAAGAAAUAUUAACUGAAACCCUCCCCCUCAAGAAAAUAAAUGAAUUUCUUCCGUUAACAGCUGGGGACACAGAUGCAAACCCUUUGUACCUUUAAAUCCUCACAGGUUAUUCUACUUCAUGCAAACAAAGUGUAAGUUAGGUAUAAAUAAGCGUAUAAAUUCUAUAUUGCCAACAGGACACCUCUGUUUAUCUCCUCCUUUCAUUCACUUCUCCACAAUUUGGCUUUGCAGCUCCUUCCUUUCUAGAACCACAGCAAAGGUCAAUAAUCCCGGGUGGCCGCAGGCGAUGCUUAUUAUUUUUGAAACUGUGCAUCAAAGAGGCUUCCCAGCACGGUGAGGGUUUUUUUUUUUAAUCUUUGCUCAUUCCACAGAACUUUGCUAUUUUAUAUUUGCCUUCUAAUACUGUACCUUAGCUGACAUUUACAGUUCAGGAGUACCAGCCUCAAGCAGCUCAGGCUCAGGCUGCAAAGCUCAGCCACAGACAGACCGAAGCUGGAGGAAGGGAGAAAGCACUCGGUUGCUCUACAGUCACUACGCUUCUCAAAUUUACCGAUCGCAAUCCAAUGAUCAGAUGCUUCAAGUAAAAAGCAGAAUGAUAAUCCCAGGAUGAUGAAAUGUUGCUUUUCAGUAUAUUUCGCCUUCUCUAAUUUGGGGUUAGAAAUGAGGACCUUUUCGUGUACAAAUAUGCAAAAUGGAUAUUCUGAAUACGUGAACAAAUAGUUUUUCACAGGUGUAAACUCCCACUAAGGUGAAAAUAAAUAUUCAUAUAUAUAAUUCUACUUGCAUCCAUGAAAUAGGUAUUUAUAAGAUUGGGUCUACACAGAAAAAACAACUCCAAGGACACCCUGCUCUGCUUAUUUUUAAUUAUGUAAAUUCUUUAAAAGACAUUAAUGGAUUUUAGUGUACAAUCCUUUAGUUUAACUGUGUAUCAGUUUAAUUAGUAUUUUGAUCUUCUGUCCACCUUAAAAGGUGAUCUUUGUCACAGAAAAAACCAGAAGGGAGUCAUGAAAUUAGUAAAAACAAUUUUUUCCCAUUUUAUAAUAUUAAAAAUUGGGCAAUUUUUUUAAAUUAUUUUUAAAAAAAUAACUAAGAAUCUCACAAAAAAGGCAGCCAACGUUUAAAUUUAUUCUAAUCCAAAUUUGCAGAAAACACAUACCUAAUAAUCUGGGUUCUGGCUACAAAAAACUGAUAGAUACUUCUAUAAACAGUUGCAGGGCAAAAUGUUGUAGAAACAUUGAAAAAAGUUAAGACUGUUUUGCUAAAGCAUUUGUUGUUUUCAACAGCAGAGAAAUUCAGUGAAAUAAGACACAGGUACUUUUUAGGAGAUAGGUGUGAAACAGCAGAAGCCACCUGAAAGCUUAGCACGGGAUUACUUUAAUCUUUGAGGGCCUGACUCCAAGUCCAUUGAUGUCAACCGAAAAUCUCCUGUUGACUUCAUUAGUUAUAGGAUUAAGUCCUUAAAAGAUAUCCACUUAGCUGGCAGAAGAUCUUAACUUCAGACAUCAGUGCGCACAUGACCUCUCUCUGUCUGCAUCUGCAGUCACCAGACACACCGAGGUUUUCUGGAAUAAGACUGCAGAUUCAGCCCGGCACGAAGCCCUUCCGUACGCACAUCCAACUUAAAACCGUACGGAGCAUACCCAGUCCUCUUGGGUUUCCUUAUAGGCAUUGCCAACAGCCACACAAGGGGGCUAUUAAAUCUGCCAGACUUCUUGAUACUUCUUUAAAAAUGUUGAGCAAUUAGCUCACAUUUUUUUCUCUUUCACACAUAUAUAUAUGCAUGUUUAUUUCAAAUACGUAAGCAUAUGCCACUAAGCAGGAAAAUAAUUAAAAUACCAAGUCAGCGGCCCCAUUUUAUGAAAUAGCCAUAGUAAGACAGGGCCCAAAGUUGCCCCCACAGAUGCUCACAAAGAUCCACAGAAGCGUUCCCUCAACUGGUUUGAGUCCAGUAUUGCAAAGGCUGCACUGCACUAAGCAGCGUUAGGCACAUUUUUAAACCUUUCUUCCUGUAUUUAAUAGGGACAGUGUAAUAUUUCAAUCAAGACUAUAUCCUGAUCCAAAAAGUUGUUGUUGUCACCCUUACUAAUGAAACUGAAAGCGACAAGACUCCUCAGUACUGAAAUGACAGGUGUAAGCGAUUCCGGGCUGGCACGUGAGGAGGCAUUCUAUAGAUGCGUGCUAGGCAAAGGGAUAGCUGCUCGCCUUUCUACUCAUUGAUUUCAAUUACGACUCUGCACACAGAGUUUAUCGCGCUAUCAAACAUCAAACAAUCAGCAUCAAACAAUCUUAGCACAGCAAUUAAUUCUGCAUAGAUUUCCACUGGGCAGACUGACUAAUCAGAUAGUAUUACUAAUGCCUUAUCUCGGAAAAGAGAAACAUUACUAUUUUAUAGCACUGUACAAGUGGUUCGACUAACACAUCAACCUUUUUCCUUCAGUUCACUUACGAGUUAUUAAUAAUUACUAAUUUGGUCAGUAGAGCAGCAAAGGAUUACCAUGUUGUCCCAUAACCCAAAGAAAACUCCCAUAGGCUUCCAUAGGAAAUUUUCCUUCACAUUAUUCUGUACAGUUUGUUUUGAAAGCCAAGUGGCACACCUGCAUACCAGAGCUCUCGGUACUGAAAAUAUACCAUUCUAGUGAUCAUUUCAUACUAUAGGAAUUCACAAAAAAUUAAUAUUCUGUGUUAUGUACAUUUAAUGUGUGUCUUUACCUAUUGUCUACUGUACACACGCUGGCUUCCACAAUCAAAAAUGUCAGAACUUAUUGCUAAGAAUGUGCACAAACAGCAAGCUGCCGUAUUGGAGAAGCGUUUUAUUUCUACUGAUAAAAACCAACUUUCCAUGUGUUCUAAGCGAUCGAUAGGGUCCACAUGUAUCAUAUAGUUAAGUUCCUUUUACAGUCUAUGAGAUUUUCCCAGUUAUAUUCAUUUUGCAAUGAAAACAGAAGUGAAAAGAUAUUUAAAUGAAAAAUUGCUUAAAUUCCCAGGAAAUUUCAGAAAGAAGGCGCCAGCUCAAGCACGUGAAUAUACGAGUGGCUGCGUUCACAAUAUUCUCAGGUGGAAAGAAGGCAGAGAGAGGUGGCUGUUUCGGAGAGGGUUUUUUAAUGUAGGAUGCAUUUUGCUGUAGGACAAAAAGGUGGUUUGCAUCACAAGGCAGUAACAAAAAAAUCCCAUUUUCCGAAUGUUCCUAGGAGGAGCUGCUGAAAGGAAAAUGUUACAGGCAGAGUCAAAAGCGGUGUGCAGAAUGAACUUAAUUCAUAUCAAGAUAUACUGAGACCAGAAACCAUCUGGUAUUAGGUCACCAGAUGUAUCUUGUAGUGAUCUCCAUUAAUACCAGAAGCAGUAACCCUACCCUGUGAAUUAUCCAGAAAUGCUAUUAGCCGUCCCCCACAAAAUAUACUGCAGAAUUAAAACUUCAAUUCCCUUUUGAGAACGAUUAGAUUGUAAUGGGAGCCAAGGAGAAAAGGAAAUAACAAAAUUCUGUCACUUGAGAACUUUACUGUUGUGCUAUUCCUCUGUUCAAUUAGUUUUAUUUUAUAGUAGCUGUCAGGUACUGUAUGUACAUUUGAAAUGUGGGAAAAUAGCUUAGAAAAUAUCAUUCAAACUAUGUUUAAGUAUCUUCUAUAAACUGUAUUAUACUACUAAGCAUAUACAAGCACCAAUCUAGCAGAGCACUGGAGCACACAAGUAAUUUUAAGCAUAUGAGCCUCACUGAAGUCAUGUGCUUAAUGUUAUUAAUAUAAUUAAGUGCUUUCUUGGUUUGAGACCUUACAAGUCUUUGCAAGUCUACCUACAUAGACUACAUAUGCUAUAUGUGUAUUUCUUUUUAGGGAGACAGCACGGCUGAAAUUCACACCAAGAGAAUUCAGUUACCGUCUGUCACAAAUUCUAUAUAACCUGAAAUAAUUGCAUCUUUGUGCCUCCACUUUCCAUCUGAAAAUUAGUGAAAUCAAUCCUUGUAAAGCGCUUUGAGCUCUUCAAAUGAAAAGUGCUAUAAAAAGUACAAAUUAUUAUUAUAUUAUUGAACACCAUGUAUGUAUACACACUAUUAUGUAAUAUAUAAUAUAUGUAUAAUGCAUAUAAAUUCUAACAAAUGUAUUUGUGUAAUAUCUGAGAAAUGGAACAGUUGUAUCUGGAAGUGAUAAAUGCAUAGAGUUGGAUUUAUUGUUAAUCUGUGGAUUUAAUGAUUUUUUUUAGACAAAAGGAUGUUUAAGUGUAUAAUUGCUUUUCUUAAUUUAAUAUAUUUAUGUAAAUGCAUGCCUGAAGUUCUGGAUAGAUAGUUAUUCUGUGUCC